AUGGAUGAAUAAUAAAAUUGCCUUAUAUGCCUAUCUACUUUUUCGAUGACUGAAAUUCAAUAGUUCCCAAUCUGCCAACAUGCUUUUUGUAAGCAAUGUUUAAAAACUUAAUAUGAAUAAAGUAUAAGAGAAUAAAAAGUUUAACUUAAGUAUUUCGCAUGCUCUUAUUGUAACACUCAGCUUGACAAUAAUUAAUGGAUAUAAAGCAUAAUUAGUUCAGAUUUUUAUACACAAUAUUGUGAACUUUUAAUUAAACAAAACCUUAUAGAAUAUUUGAUUGAUGACGAAAUUCUUGUAGCAUGUAAGAAUUAAUCUUGCUCAUAUAAAUUUAUGAUAUGGAAAUUUGCAGGUUACUAUAUAGAUAUCAUUUAAGAUCAUCAAAAGUGUCCGGUUUGUAAACAAUAACAUUGCAGAAAAUGCAAUCAUGAUCAUUUAGUUGAAAUCUCUUGUGAUUAAGCAUUAUUGCUUUAAGAAGGUAGUUAUAUAGAAAAAAAGAAAAAAUUACAGAUUAGUAGAUGUCCAAAAUGUAAAAUCUUAGUUGAAAAAAUUGCAGGCUGCAAUUUUAUGACUUGUAAAUGUGGUACUUAUUUUUGUUAUAAAUGCGAUGAAUAAUUAAUAAAAGAGGUAAAAUUAUAGUAAUAAGAAGGAUCAUCAAAAGCAUUAUUAAUAAAAUAAAUGCAAAGCCUUGCAAAAUAAGUAAAAGGUAAAUCCUAUCCUUAAAGAAAGAAAAAAAUUCAGAAUAAUCAGUAUAGUUGAUUAUAUUCCAUGUUUUGUUUGUUAGGGGGUCACUGAAGCUUUGAUCGAUAAACUAAUUUACUAAUGCAAUUCAGAAAAAUGUAAGGGAUCAUGUUAUUGUAUAAAAUGUUUUUGUCAACUCAGAGUGUAAAAUAUCCCUGAUCAUUUAGAAAAUAUGAAUUGUUUAUAAAAAUGA